AUGGCCUCCUCUACCAACUUCGAGACCCUCCAGCUCCACGCGGGCCAGGAGCCCGACCCGACCACCCGCGCGACUGCCGUCCCCAUCUACGCGACCUCGUCGUACACCUUCAUCGACUCGGCUCACGCCGCCCGUCUCUUCGCCCUCAAGGAGUUUGGCAACAUCUACUCGCGCAUCAUGAACCCCACCGUCGACGUCUUCGAGAAGCGUAUCGCUGCCCUCGAGGGCGGUGUUGCCGCGCUCGCCACCUCGUCAGGUCAGGCCGCUCAGUUCAUCACCCUCACGACUCUUGCCAGCGCCGGUGACAACAUUGUCUCGACCUCGAACAUCUACGGCGGCACCUACAACCAGCUCAAGGUCCUCCUCCCCCGUCUCGGCAUCAACACCAAGUUUGUUACUGGCGACAAGCCCGAGGACUUUGCCGCCCAGAUCGACGAGAAGACCAAGGCCGUCUACAUCGAGACCAUUGGCAACCCUCGCUUCAACGUCCCCGACUUUGAGGCCAUUGCCAAGGUCGCGCACGACGCCGGCGUCCCCCUCGUUGUCGACAACACCUUCGGUGCCGGUGGCUUCUACUGCCGGCCCAUUGAGCACGGCGCCGACAUUGUCGUCCACUCUGCCACCAAGUGGAUCGGCGGCCACGGCACCACCGUUGCCGGUGUCAUUAUCGACUCGGGCAAGUUUGACUGGGGAGCCAACGGCGCGCGCUUCCCCGAGAUGGUCGAGCCCUCGCCGGGCUACCACGGCCUCAAGUUCUGGGAGACCUUUGGCCCCCUCACCUUCAUCCUCCGUGCCCGUGUCGAGCUCCUCCGUGACCUCGGUGCUUCGCUCAACCCCUUCGGUGCCCAGCAGCUCCUCCUUGGCACUGAGACCCUUGCCCUCCGUGCCGAGCGCCACGCGUCCAACGCCCUCGCCCUCGCCCAGUACCUCGAGCAGCACCCCCAGGUCGCUUGGGUCUCGUACCCUGGUCUCGCCAGCCACCCCACGCACGAGAUGGCGGCCAAGUACCUUAAGCGCGGCUUUGGCGGUGUCCUCUCGGUUGGUGUCAAGGGCGGUGCCGAGAAGGUCGCGGCCACGGUCGACGGCCUCAAGCUCUUCUCCAACCUCGCCAACGUUGGUGACUCGCGCUCGCUCGCCAUCCACCCCUGGUCGACCACGCACGAGCAGCUCUCCGCGGAGGAGCGUGUCGCAUCCGGUGUCACCGAGGACCUCAUCCGUGUCUCGGUCGGCACUGAGCACAUUGACGACAUCAUCGCCGACUUUGAGCAGUCUCUCAAGGCCAUUGCCUAA